UCAAUUAACAAUAUAGAGUUGUUUUUUUUAGUUUUACAUGAUCUUUUUCUCGUGCAAGGGAUCAAGUUGUUCGUUGGACUACAACUGAAUUUAUUUGGCGUAUUCUACAACUGUUAAUUUUUUCAAUUAAACGCUAUUUAAUUUUCAAUCAAUAUGGAAAUUGAUAUUAAAAUAUCAGAAUUAAAAUCCGCAGUAUUAGUGCUAUCAUCGCCAUUUAUGUCAUUGGCAUUAAUCAGCACUGUGGUAAAUGUUUUUUCAAUUGAUCCUGAUGCGCCUAUUUCUUGGGCGGUUAUUAUAAUAAUGAACAUGUUCGCAUAUAGUAUUUGGAUUUAUGCUGUGUAUGGAGUAAAUAAGAAGUCCUGUUUGACGGUUCAAAUAGCUUCAACUCUCUGGGUCUCUUAUAUUUUUUUAUGGGUUAUGGCUGUAAUAUUUGCUGUAGGCUCAGAUAGUGGAGUGAAAUAUGUGUGUUCAAAACAAAAAUGUCCCGAAAGCUUAUGGUUAUGCAAAAAUGAAUGGCAUAAAAUCCCAGUGAAUAAUGUUUUCCAUUCUGAUUACAUGAUGGAAUAUGCAAAUGAUAAUGUUCGUCCUGCUAAAAUAAAAAAACUAGAGAGUCGUAAAAGAGAUCAUAAUUCACGUGCAGAUAAAGGAUUUGUAAUUGGAACAGUUAUAUUCAUAAUCAUUCUAAUACUAAACAUUUAUGGUUUUACUCUUUUAACAAGAUAUACUUCUGUAUUGGCACGUCAAGAUAAUUGUUGUAGUACCGAUAGAGAAAUGGCAGUUCAUGAUGAAAUGUAACAAAACAUUAAUUGAAAUUAAUUAAAAUUACUUAUCUUCUAUCGGAUAAAUGUAUUAUUUUUAAUUCGUUUAAUUUUUCUCAGCUUAUUUCUUCAAAUAUUUUACGAUCUUCUAGUAUUUAAAA